AUGCGUGCAUCCUAUGUCCUCGGAGCACAACUUUCCAAAAUCUUUUAUGGAUCAAAGGGAUCUUUCAAGAGGCAACUGAACAAUUUGCCCACUACUGCAUUCCAGUAUUAUUACUGGUCCAAACUGAAGGAACUGUGCAAGUAUUCCGAAGGUUUUGUGGAUAGCGAUCUUCUUAGCUGCGGGCAGCAAAGCAAUACCUUCAGAAGAUACAUUAGGAAAGAAUGGGAUCUCUUGUCUGCAAGUAAGAAAAGGCUCUACUAUGCUUUCUUCUUUCACUUCACGAAGAUUGACUACAAGGCCCUGAAGAAAUACGAACUUGCUAGAAUUUUGGAGAUUCCGACUCCAGCAAUAAGCGAAUACAUGUUGUUUAGGAAUAAGUUUAAACACAAGUAUGAUACCAUCUGCUUCCAGGAGAGAAAAGAGAGAUUGAAGAAGAGGAGUAUCAUGGCAGGGCAUGCAAUCUCCAUUUCAAUUCGAAAUAGUCAUGAAAAGGAAAGCCGUCUGAAUCUGACCAAAAGAUUCCAGAAGAUGUGCAGGGAGUGUCGCCUUGUUUGGAACAAGAAGAUAAGUAACGAGCAGAAAGAUGAAAUCAGAACAAAAUGGGAACUCGAGAAGCAGCAGUUUGACCUGCAACUAGCGAGAGAGUUAGAAGCGCUCUCGUUCAAUUUGAACAGACUGUUGAAGAUGAAUGUUGAUGCUCGAGCCAAAACACUUCAAAUUAACCGACAUAAGACUUCAACAAUGGCUACAAAUGUGAUAAUACCCUACGGAUUCCACAAGAAAAAAUGA